GGCCCCGCCCCCUGCUGGCGUCACCACAGCUGCUAGCUCGUCGGUUAGCGUGCUAACAGCGUCCAGCAGUCAGUGAUGAGACAGCAAAGCUGCGGAUGAAAAUGUUUCUCACGCGGGCCUGAGAGCAGAAAGCGGCGUGACACGGAUUUAACCGGCGACUUGGAGCGACUUGAGUCCGAAUUCACUCAAAUCAAGAGCUCGGAGCAGCGUCCGCAAUUCUGAGGUGAUGUCGACGGUCUGUUUAUGUUCAUUUAGCCGGUAACUGACGCGUGUCACCGACAAAAACGCGUAUUUCUGUCAGGACAUAAAGUUAAGGAUAUUCUGCUGAUGGAUUGAGUUCGCUGUCGGUUCACCAAACGGCGCGGUUACCGUGCUAACCGGCAGCUAACCGACGCUAGCCUUCAUCAUAAACCCUCACAGAUCACCGGAGCAGCUGUCGAACUCUUUAAAUGGGGACUAUAACCCGUUUGCUAACGACGUGACUGCACCGACUGUAGCGUGUUGAUCAGCUCCAGCGCACCGUUUACCGACGACCGCCGUGAUGGCUCAUCCGCCGUCCCCCGGGCCGCACAGCCUCGGGAUCCCGACGGUGAAGAAGAAGAGCGGCUUCCAGAUCACGAGCGUCCUUCCCGCCCAGGGGUCCUCCGCCAACACCAGCCUCGCCGACGACACCGAGAGCUACGACGACAUGGACGAGUCACACACCGAGGACCUCUCGUCAUCAGACAUCCUGGACGUGUCUGCGUCCCGGGCCACGGACACCGGCGUCCCCGAACGGAGCUCGUCUGAGGAGACUCUGAACAGUUUACACGGUGGCGAGACGCCUAACGAGCCGGUGAUGGUCAACGGCGUCCAUCAUCAUCAUCAUCACAAGACUGGACGAUCCGUGGCUCCUUCAGCCACUCCUUCAACGAUCCCCGUCUCUCCGCAGGCUCCGGCCCCGAGCGGACGCUCCGUCCCAGCGGAGGCCAGCGGAUCCGCGUCUAGCUCGGUCUCUGUCGCGACGGACUCCGCCGCUGGACCUACGGUGCCGUUAACAUCCGCGAAUCCCUCAAGCACAGCGUCGCGCUUCAGGGUGGUGAAGCUGGACUCCAGCUCGGAGCCGGUUCGGAAGGGACGCUGGACUUGUACGGAGUUUCACGAAAAGGAUGCGCCACCUGGAGACGUCGCGUGCGUCGCUCACAGAGCGUUGGAGAGCAUCAUUCAAUCCGAACACGAGUCCACGAGCAGCAGCUCCUCUGGAAGCACCUUGAGCAGCAGCAGCGGAGGAGGAGGAGGAGGAGAUGUCCAGCAGGUUUACGGUCAGGACCUGGUUCCUCCGACGGAGAGCUCCUCCGCUCCGGUCCGAUCCGAGCCCCAGAGCAGCUACACUCCGGUGGAACACGCUCCGAUCACAGCAAACCUCCAACCUCUUCUGAUUCCCAACGCAGCCGCUCCAGUGUCCAUCGGGAUUCCGGGGCCCGUGUCUCCGAGGCCCCCGCAGAUGGACAUCAUCCCGGAGCAUCCUGGAGCACAGCUGUCUUCAUCCCACAGCUCCGGCUCCGCUCUGAGUGCCCUGCAGCCGCUGAGGGCCCCGCUGCACCUGUCGGGCCCCGCGUAUGUGACGGCCUCGCAGCUGGAGGAUGCUCAGCGGCUCCUGCUUCAGCAUCACACACUGCUGUCUCUGGCUGCAGGAGGCAGGGCUGGACCGUCUGCGUCUGCGUCUGCUCUCGGACAGGACGCCGCUGCUGGUGUGUUUUCUGUCUCAGCUGCUGCAGAUGAAGACAGUGCCUCUAAAUAUAUCGGCUCGUCUCCAGAGAACUCGUCUGUCAUUCCUCUUUCUCCAGCUCUCUUAAAACUUUUCCCAGCGAUCGGCCUGAUCUCCGUCUGCUGGAGUGUGUUAGAUUGACCGUCUGCGUCUGCAGUGACUCAGCAGAAGAUGCUCUUGUGAGUGUGGUGCUGAUGCUGCGCGUCGUUACACUCAUCACAUCCUGCAGGGCUUUAAUGCAGUGGACGCAUCAGAUCUUUGUGUUUGUGGUGAAUGUGCACUGACUUUCUUUAUCUUUAUAUGACCUGUGUGAUGUGGCCCGUUGAAUCCGUCUGAUCUCUCCAUAUAUCUGCAGUGACACACACGAUCACACAUCCUCCUGCUUCAUCAGUAACUGGAUCUUCUGUGUCUGGUCAAGUGCUCACUGAUUUAAUACUUGACAGAGGUUUAAUUCAGAAAGUCUUUUCAAUAAGAUGCUUUAUUGCAUAAGGUACAAAAAAAUUCAGACUGGCAGCUAUAAGAGAGCGAGAAACAUCCACAUAUAUUUACACAUUUGGUAACACUUUAUCUUAAGGUGUCUGUGUUACAAUGUAAUAAAUAUACAUUUAAGGACUGAGUAAGUUUCAUUGAAUUUUAAACCCUUCUUAUCCUUGAAAAUUGCAAUUGUAUUUUUUCUUUUAAAUUACGGUUUCAAAUCAAUUUUACAUCUUUCUUGAACUUGAAAAGUAAAAGCACAAUAUUAGAAUAAAAACGAAACAAAACACAAAAUGACUAUUUUCUGGCUCUUGCUGAAUUAAGUGUAUAUAGAGUAGUACAGUACAGUGUGUGUGUGUACAGUAGAGUACAGUACGUCAAUCUGACUCUUCACUUUCUUAUGAUGUUCUUGGUUUUAAAUCAUGUUGAAUAUUCAGUUUUGUUCAUUUACGUUUAUUCAUCUUGUAGAAGAGCAGCAGUGCAGAUCACAGACAGAAGUGAAAUGGUUUCACUGUUAUGGAAUGAAGUUGUAAAGUGUUCAGCGUUUGAGGACCGCAGCGCUGCUCUGAUAUCUCAGUCUAGUGACAGUAGUGACUAGACUCUCUCUUGUCGAUUCUGUUGGUGAGCAUCGGCUGUGGACGGGGGCGGGGCUUGGCAUAGAUUAGUCAAAUACCCUGCGCUCUCAGCCAAUGGCGUGCCGCCGUGCACUCAGACCUCUAUUAUUAUGCUAAUGAGGCAGCGGCUGCACUGUAAAUCUCAUUCCGAGCGCCUUUGUGUGGGAAUCCUUGGGAGAAAUCACGUACAGGAUGGAGAAUGUGACUCUUCUGCAUCUGUUUGUGUG